AUGAAGCUCUUGUAUUCAGUUGUAGUUUUACUGUUGUUUCACAUUUCCAGUGCUCAAAACCAUGAUGAUUUUUUGCAACCUCACAAUACAGAAAGAGCCCAAGUGGGAGUGGCGCCCCUUAAAUGGAGUAAGAAACUGGAGGACUACGCAGAGAAUUAUAUCAAUACUCGCAGAGGGGAUUGUGGUCUUGUGCACUCUGGAGGGCCCUAUGGGGAAAAUCUCUUCUGGGGCUCUUCCAAUGAUUUCACUAACAAAGCUGCAGUUUCAGAAUGGAUUGAUGAGAAACGGUUUUAUAACUAUGCUACUAAUGAAUGUAAUGUGGGGCAACAAUGUGGGCAUUAUACACAAGUAGUGUGGAGAAAAUCUACUGAUGUUGGGUGUGCUCGUCUGCUUUGUGAUGGAAACCAGGGUGUUCUUAUUAUUUGCAGUUAUGAUCCUCCUGGCAACUACAUUGGCGAAAGCCCAUAUUGA